AUGGCGGAAUUCUACCGGGAAUUUUGGGAAAGCAGAAGCGAAAUUGUUCUGGAUGGGUUUGACCUUCUCAUUGAAAAUUGGAUCGAAUUACUCGACGAAAGGAAUAAGAGCGGCAAAUACGCGUUUCCACAUUUCAGAGAAGAACCAACUCAUCUAUUCUACUUUUCUGAUCAUGUGAUGAUAUGGAGAGCGCUCAAAUCGGUGGAAAGUGUUGGAGUGACAUCUUCAGAACUGAAGGCCCACAGCUCCAAAAGCUACUCGCCUAUCACAGUCAAAACUAAUAUCAUCAGCAGAUUCACUACUAUGGAGGAUUCAUUUGUCAAGCGGCGUAUGUUGGCAGUUUCACGAAGCCCUUCCGAGAACGGGUUUCUAUUUCAACCAGAAGAUACGGUACUCUUCUACGCUAUGGAUAUGGGUUUUUUCGAUAAACCGGGAAUGAAGGCAGACAAAUCUGAUAUCUGGAUCAACAAAAUUGAUGUUUGGAAGAGCGUUGUGGAUUGUCAGGUUCAGCAUGAGGAUAAUCAAGACGUUUAUUGGGUCAACCCGUUACAGUUUGCCCUGGCUCUGGUUUUAUCAACAAGAAAUAAAGGGGCAAACUCAAUGCCAGCAACUGAAAUGUAUAGUUACUCGAAAAACAUUCUUUUUGGAAGUUCAUCUAGGAAUGGGCUCUUUCCGGGAUAUUUAGAUGAGAACAAGGAGCCCCUCAUAUUUUCUGAUGAGUCAAAGAGUGAGGACUACUGGUACACAACAUUUGAGGUGCCAUACAUUCUAUGGAGUUAUUUAGCUCCUCUGCCACAAAAAGAGCAGAACUUACAGAUGGACUCCCUCCUGCGAACUGUGACUGCAGAGCAAGUUACGGUUCCAAAUGUCUCCAAGAUUUAUCAAGUGCUCGAAGACAUACUUACGCAUAAAGAUAUGGCAUCUUCCCAAGAAGGCGUCUUUCUGAGACGCAGCAUGCCAUUCAAUAACAUUAUCGACAAGAAAAAUAUUGCAAAUCUUUCUGAUGAAUGGUUAUAUAAUGAACCACAGAUCUUCAAUCAUACGCGCGAUAUCGCAAAUCUGAUUGAAGAGUUUCUUGCGAAAAAGGAUUCCAAUGCAAAUAGACUCUCGAUUCGGGCCGACGAUAUGAUGCACCAGAUGGUGAAACAUAUGACGAAUGAGGCUCAAAUUACUGAAGCUCAAAAUACUGAAGCUCAAAAUACCGAAGUUCAAAAUACCGAAGCUCAAAAUCCUAACGCCACGAUUGGCUACAUCGUUGAUGUGCCAAAAACAAAACAUCACCAAAAGAAUAAAGCCGACCCAGUUUACUUUUGGAUUAAUGAAGAUAUGUAUGCUCUCUUGGGCAAAAUGCGAACACGGGAAGAGGCUAAGAAGAGGCUAUUUGUUUUUUCCCGAGCAAAUCCACUUACUGCAUUGGCUUUUUAUCUUGCCUCGCCCGACUCUGAAAAGGAACAGCUUUCAUUCUUCUUUAGAAGGCACGCGACUUAUGAUAAAUACUUUAACGAAGAAGUGACACCUGUGCUUAACAGGUGGGUUACUGAGUUUCAUUUAUCAUUUUAUCAGAUUGUUGAUGGGCACAAAACUCCUAUCAAUUCAUGCAUCCCUCCAUUGGAUCAGAUUAAACUCCCCAGCAUCAAUAGCCCUAAUAAGAAGACUUGGAUUAGUCGAGUUAUAAUGAGCUUCAGAUUUGAUGGAGAUUUCUUUAAUCGCUAUUGGACAUGCCAUUUUCUUGAGUUCGAUCCACAAUGUUUGGGGGAAAAUACCUUACCGGAUCUGCUUAAGGCUGAUGAUGGUGCUUCGAAACCUCCCUGGAAGCAGCGGCAGGUUCUGGAGCUCAUCUUGGUUGAUCGUAUUUUGGACAUCAAGCAAGGCAUACUGCGACGUUCUAUGGGACAUGAAAGUGGACCGGUAGCCGGUCCCAUACCCGUUUUCUCAGAUCCACUUCAUCUGUUUGCAGAUAUUAGCAGCAAAAGCAUGGCCGACUCUGCCCGCCAGAUUUGGCGUCAGUUUCAACACCUACUACAAGGUGUGGAAGAUGAUCUUGGCGAUAAUUUGGUCAAAAUUGGCCUUUGGAGGAAUCGCGAGCAAGAGCGUGGACUCAACAGGCCACGGUGGACUAUCAAAGAUGAACGACGUUAUAGAGGGGCCAUUUCCAAACGACUUUCAUCAAUCAAUCAAAAAAUUCGCGAACUGGAGCAAAUUCACGCCGAUAUCGGGUCCUUGAAGGCAUCACUUAUCAAGAGGCUAGAAAUUGCACAAGAAGAGUGGGAAACGAGAAACACUAAUAGCAUUCGACUAUUUACGAAAACCGGCUACCUCGGGGGAGGAAAGGAGACCUACGGUGGGAAGCGGGCAAACUCUUGGGAUAUCUCAGUCCGAACAGGAUACAGCGCCAGAAGGAGGCCGUACGGGAACCUCCAGUGA